GUCUGCCGCCACUCGUCCCCUGGGACUGACCGACCAUACCUGCUGCUGUACCAGGCGAUUGUUUUCAUUGCUACAGUUUCCACAGCUUUUGUAAGCAUGGCCUGGCUCCUCUGGGCACUGGCCACAGCCGCCACCGGAGUCGCCCUCACAGCAGCUGAUGGGGCAGGGUACGGUGCGCCCCAUGCUCCAGCCCCAGUGCACUCCUACCAUCCGCCACCUCUAGUUCCCUAUUCCCCCAUCCCUAUCUACGCGGGAUCGUCGAGUGGGAAAAAGGGCUUCCGUAGUGGACUUUCUUUAUUCGGAGGCAAGGGUAAGGGAAGGGGUAAAAAGGGCAGACCUGGCAGGGUCAUCACCCCAGUGCACAUCCCAGCCCCGCCUCCUAUAAAGCAGCACCACUUAGUGAAUGUCAAGGUGCCUCAGUGUCAUCCUCUGACGCACUACAUCACCCAGUACGUCACCGAAGCACACCCUGUCCCACAGGUGUAUACUGAGUACGUGGAGAACGUGGUGCCGUCCAUCCUGUACAAGACCAAGCAUGAGCGUCUGGUAGAGACCUCUAUUGUGACGGAUGUCGUUCGAAGUAUAAUCACCGUCACCCACACCACAUCUGUUCCAGUGACCCGGUACAGCUCUGUCACUGAGGUGCUGACACAAGUGGAGACCAGUAGCGUGUACCAGACCACGGUGGAGGUGAGCUACACACCAGUGUAUAGAACCACAGUGUUGACAGAAACACAAACCAUCACUCAGGUGGAGAGUGUCCCAGAUAUCCGCGUGUCUCUCGUCACCAAGUCCAUCUAUCUGCCUCCCACAGACUAUAUCACAGUUACGGAGCCCCGUGUGAUUCCGUCUCCGGUGUUAACAUCAGCCGUUCAGCACUUCACCGUCCAUCCACAACCGCACCACCCGCCCGCCCAGCCCGCGGGAGGGUAUGGGCCGCCUGCAGUCACUGUCACCGUCAAUGAGCCCGUCUACCAGGAAGUCACUACUACCGUUUACCAUCAGAAUUACGUCACUCACACGGAGUACCAAACGCAAGUGGUGACGCAGACCAAUUACCAGGACGUGACCCAAGUGGUGACAGACUACGUAACAAUUAAGCCAGAGUGUGGUGGAAGCGGCUACGGCUCGGGUCGGCCAAGCCUGCCACUCGAUGUAACUCUACACGAGGCCAGUAGAGAACUGGACGACAUCUUCAUCAGCCACAAGCAGACGCCGCAGCUUUUCGGCUCUGACUGCAGCCUGUGUUAGCCGCUCUCCUCCCAUACGUUUGUUGGCUGUUUCCCAUCCCUAGGCAAUGUCAUGCUGUUCCCUUGCCCAUUGUCAUCCACCGUUUGUUCACACUUCACAAAGCACUGCUUCUCCUGAGGAUGCAGCUCUUUCCAGAAGCUCCCGUUGUUUGAAGACGGGUUUAGUUAUACGAGUAUAUCAUUAAGUUACUUCUCUUUAUUCUUGUCAUUUUGUUUUCAAAUGUAUUUAAGUACAAACGCACACAUGCGUUUAUUUGUCUGAAUGUAUGUAAGGAGACCCAUAGACACGGGUACGGAAAGGCACGCAAUACGGUAGAUAGGAAUGUAGACAAGUUGCAGGAGGGGGAAGUUGUUAGCAGCAGGGAUCAUCAACCAUAUCGUAUCUUGUUUUACUUCCGUUUUUUCUAUUGUUAACUUCGAUUUUUUUUUUUUUUUUUUCAAUACUGAUCGAUCACUCUGCUUUACAACUUCAGCAUCUGUAAUCGUGAUUAUGUUUUGAAGAAAUAAAUGCACAGAGAGAUAGAUAAAAGACAGAUAGAUAAAUAGACAGACUUAGAUAGAUGAAUAGAUAUAAAUACAUAUAUACAUAAGUACAUACAUUCAUGAAUAAAUAGACUAGAUACAUAAAUAGACAGAUAGAUAAAUAGAUAGAUAAAUAGGUAAAUUGAGAUAGACAGAAAAAUAUUUGAGAGAGAGAGAGAGAGAGAGAGAGAGAGAGAGAGAGAGAGAGAGGGAGAACUUUUAAUCAUCGAUCGACAGAUAAAUAAAUGGACAGGUAGACAUACCAUACAUACACAUGUAUAUACAACAUACAUGCAUAUCAGUGUACAAUUAACUGACGUUGAUCAUAGUUUUUUUGUGUGUGUGUGUGUGGAAAUACUUAAAAACAUAUCCUAUCCCUUUUCUCUCUCUCUCUCUCUCUCUCUCUCUCUCUCUCUCUCUCUCUCUCUCUCGUCGGAAUACAACAAUCAAUGGUUUGUUGCUACGCAGGUUGAAAAUAUGAGCAUCAAAACACCAUCUAGUCUAAGUACUUUUUAUAUUUUUUUCUUUAUAUUUUCGUAUGAAUGUGAAGUGGGUAGACUCAAAAUAGGAAAGAAUAGAUGGAAAAAGUCAUUCGUUAAGGUUCCAAUUCAUAUUUUCUCGAUUAAAAGGCCUUCUAAAAUUUCCCGGGUUGAUUUGAAAGUAUAAUACCAAGGUCACAUCCCACUACAAGGCCCUAUUCAGUUCACACAGUGUAUGCCCUCCGCUGCAACUGUUGUAGUUUUGGCACGCACACACAAUCCUUCACACAUUUCGUCGUCUCUCUAUUACAGUCAUUUAUCGUUAGCUGUAUUCAUAUGUAAAUGGAUGUUCUGUUAUGUUCUAAGAUAAGAUAAUAUAUAUAUUUGCAAACUA